AUGGAAGUUGAUGAGACGUUAGUGAAUGGUCAUGCAAGUACAAGCGGUAUCAAAGAGGAGAAGAUGGAAGACGGUGAAUGGGAUCCGGACGAAGGGAUGAGCGAUUUUUACCGUCAUCAUCCUUGUGCGCGAAAUGAGCGUACCCCUAAAACCCCUUUUGUUCCUCCAUCGAAAAGAGACGAUGCACCGCUCGCCUCCAUAUUAAACCCUCAGUUAGACAAUAUCGACCCAAGGCGGUUCUUCGCUGACUAUGAACUCGACUCUGUUGUUCGAUUUUCUCGGAUAUUCGCUUCAAAUAUCAAAUCGUCGUCUAAAGCGGAGAUUUGGUGGCCGUCGAAGACUUUUCACAAGAAAGUUUCUGCUGAGGUUGGUGUAUUAGAUGAACUUAAGUAUGGUGUUGAGCCGGCUUGUGGAUGGGUACCGACACAGUACACUAGGACUUACGAGCAGUACAUGCUGGCGGUCAAAAAUGACGCAUUUGAUUUGAUGUUCCAACCAAUUCAAAAAGGCAUCACGCCGUCUCCGAUAACGUUAGCUCCGUACCUUGUGUUUUUUGUAUCUAAAUAUUUUCUGUUUUAUUUAUUUCUGUUCUUGUCAGAACCCAAAGUGCUGUCUCUGGAUUACCUUGAUGACCCAUUAAUAUAUGGUAUGCCGGAUGAUCGGAGAUCUGAUGACCCAAUGGAUUCGACACCAAACAAGCCGUUUGAUCGAAAGGAACAUCAGUUUACAAAGAAGUCCAAGAUGAUCCUCGGUCAAGUACAGCAGCGGCAAAAGCAAGAGGAGGAAGAGCAGAUGGAAACAUCUGUGGCUCAAAUGACAGACAAAGACCCCUUUAAUCUCAGUAAUGACGACUAUUAUUUACCUAAGGCUGUGAAUAAAUCUGGUCCUGCGGGUAACAGCAUGCUGAUACAACAUUCAAUUCCUGCUCAAAAUAUACAUCGAACCUUCUUUCCUACGUUUCUCAUUCCUUCCAAAUUGCGGCAUUUCCACAGGCAACCGCUGUCGAAACGGGUCAUUCGUCAUCUUUUUAUUGGCGAUCUGACAGGAAGGUUUUUGCAGCAACGAGAAAAGCAGCGUUGUGCUGAAGGUGGCGGUGAUAUAUUCUUCAUGCGAGACGUGGCCGAUCUCAGUGGUCGUGAUGGCGACCUAGUCCUACUAGAAUACUCUGAAGAACAUCCACCUUUACUUUGCCAGCCUGGUAUGGCAUCGAAAAUCAAGAAUUACUACAAGAAGGUAAAAGAACGCGAUUCGGAUGUUGAUCCUGAUUUCGAGUUUGGUGACAUGGCCUACUUGCACACCGUUCCAUUUCUUGGCCAACUGCAACCUGGCCAGGCAAUGCAAUCGAUUGAAAAUAACUUGUUCCGCGCGCCCAUCUAUCGGCAUGCCCCUCAACAUACUGAUUAUCUUCUGAUACGGAACCGCAACGGAUGGUUUAUUCGGCCAUGUCCUCCCUCUUUCCUUGUUGGACAGCAAUGUCCCUUGUAUGAAGUACCUAGUCCUAACUCCAAAAGAGCCACCAUAUUUGUUCGAGAUUUUCUUUUGGCAUUCAUCUAUCGACUUUUCUGGGCUAGUGAGCACCGACCACGCCGGUUAAAAAUGGAUGAUAUCAAAGCCGCAUUUCCUCACUAUGCAGAGAGUAGUGUGCGGAAACGCUUGAAACAGUGUUCGGAUUUCAAAAGACUUGGAACUGGUCCGGAUCAGAACUACUGGGUUUUACGGCCGGAAUUUCGUCUGCCCAGCAAGGAAGAAGUGCUCGCAAUGGUCACUCCUGAAAUGUGCUGUGCCCAAUACAGUAUGCUUGCUGCGGAGCAGAGAUUGAAGGAUGCGGGCUAUGGAGAGAAGUACUUCUUUACCCCUGAAAAUGAAGAUGAUUCUGAUGAUCAAGUGACGAUCGAAGACGAGAUAAAAUGUGCGCCGUGGAAUACUACUCGAGCAUUUCUGUCCUCCAUGCGAGGGAAGUGUCUUUUGGAUCAAACUGGAAUCGCUGAUCCAACUGGUUGUGGGCAAGGGUUCAGUUAUGUGCGUGUGUCUCAGAAGCCUCAGAAGGAUGAUACUCCUGCAAUGCCAAAGCGUCUUGUUACGGGUACAAAUGCUGAUCUCAGAAAAUUGCCUCUCAAAGAAGCAAAAGAAAUUUGUAGAGAUUACGGUGUACGGGAAGAGGAGAUAAACGCACUUUCUCGAUGGGAAAUUAUAGAUGUCAUUCGAACACUGUCGACGCAAGCUGCAAAAGCCAAAGCGGAUUCGUCAGGAGAUCAAGGGAAUGUUUCUGGCAUGGCUAGAUUUGCUCGGGGAAACAUUCGCUUCAAUUUUGCUGAUAUGCAAGAGAAGUACAAGAAACACUGCCAACAUAUCUUCGAUCUACAAAACCAAACGCUGGCAAAUCCGGAAGCAUUAUCUACCGAUGAGGGAAGUUCCGGUGAAGACUCUGACAACGAGGAGCUGGCAACAAGACUUGAAACUAUGCUACAAGCAAAUAAAGGAAAAAAGCAUAUAUCAAUGUCGGAGCGGGCUCGCAUGGAAUUCGAAAAUGAGGAGAAGGAGCGGCAAGAUCUCAAGCGGAUGGUUCACGGCGAUGCGACGAAUAAAACAGAAAAGGACAAAAAAGAAGCAACAGCGGAAGAGAAGAAGAAUGUGUCGAAAAUCGGCGAAGAUUUGGCUGCAUCGGCGUCCAAAAUAUCUGGAAUUACGGCGAAUCAAAAGCUGAAGAUCUACCGAACUAUGAAGAAUCCGGACGGAACGGAAUCGACGCGAGUGGAAGUGGUUACUCGGCCGCAGUUGAUCGAGGCCUACACACGAAUUCGAAUGACGAAAGAUGAGAAUUUCAUCGAGGUGUACGCUCAAAUGGAUGAACAGUUUAAGGAGGUAGGACGAGUGAAAAUUACCGAUUUAUGCGUAUUGUUUUCAUUUCCCUCCAGGAGAGGCGAAAGCAGAAGCGCCCGUGUGAUCGAAAAAAAGCCGAUUCCGAUCAAGCCGAACUUACAAAAAAUGCGUUGCUCUGCUUGUCAUGGUACUGGUCAUAUGAAGACGAAUAAGAAUUGUCCAUUGUAUGGCAAAGAUUCUUCAAAGACUCCUGGAAAGGAAACUGAUGAGCCAGCAUCGCUCACUGGUGAAUUGGUGGCGGUUGAGGGCACGAAAGUGAAAAUCAGCAGGAAAGUCAUCAACCACGAGCAGCCUGCUAAGAAAAAGAAGAUUAAACAAGAUCAUGAGCGUCAGGAAAGCAUAUGUGUAGUGCCGUCUGGAAUCAUUGAUGCUUUGUUAGGAAUCAUUUACUUUCCAGCUGUUACACCACGUCCACGACUUAAUGCUGGCGCAGGAGUCGCUUCAGCGAAGCGUCGCGCAUCGACAUUGCCCGAAGAGGAUUAUCUACAAGGACCGCAUAAAAGUGUUCAGCGAAUACGUGCUGAUCCUAAAGUUACAAUGGGCACCCUACUUACGGAAAUAGUGAAUGAGUUGAAGACGAUUCCUGGUUCUGAGCAUUUGAUGUUCGCCGUGAACGCUAAAAAGGUUAAAGAUUACUACGAUAUUAUUAAAAAUCCGAUGGACCUGCAAAAGAUUAAGAGCAAAAUCGCAGACAAUAAAUACGAACUGCGGCAAGAAUUCUUGUUGGAUGUAAAACGAAUGCUUGACAAUUCUCGUUUAUAUAACGGAGACAAUCAUGUGAUAACGGAUGCUGCGAAGAAGAUGUUCGAGCUUGCUUCAAAGCGAUUGGUGGAGAAGGAGCAACAAUUGAUGAAGCUGGAAAAAGCUAUCAAUCCUCUUUUGGAUGAUAACGAUCGAGUCGGGUUUGGCUUCGUGCUCGAGAAGAUCGUGCAAGCGUGCAAGAACAUCCCGAAAUCGGUUCCGUUUCAUACUCGAGUGGAUGCAAAGAAGGUUCCAUUCUACUACCAGAAAAUAAGUCGGCCAAUGGAUUUGGGCACUAUUGAAGCAAAUGUGAAGGCAUACCGAUAUGUUACGGUUCAAGAAUUUCGUGACGAUAUUCACCAGGUCGGAGAAAGAGAGAGUGUAGUUACUUUUCCAUUUCCAUGCUUCAUAUUGAGCCUCACAAUUUUGAGACUUAAUUGCAUUAUUACAGACGAAUCUGCGUGGACAAAUGAGCUGCUGCAGUCUCGUAUGCACUCGUCUGGUCAGCUCAAUAACGAUUUGGCUCUUUCGGAUUCAGAUGAAGAGGAGCGAAUGGAAGCAAUUAAGCGCGGUGACACGUCCGACAAUCUCUUGGACUCUUUCUGA